CGGCGGUUCUCGGCGCGCGCCCACACGACGGCCGCUCCGGGGCGACAAGCCGCGCGCCCAGCCCCCCCGCUGCUGCUCGCAGACGCCACGGCGCCUAAUUUGCGGGCUACGGUGCCUCUGUAGCGCUGCGUUGCUGCAGACGGCGGCUUGGAAAAUGGUAACGAGAGCUGGCUUCUAACCGCGCCUUCCACACAUCGCUCGUGCACCUCUGCAGGCGUAUGGUCCUGAUACGACUGCAAUACCGAGUUGGAGUUGCCUGCCGAGGAGUGACCGGGAGCCAGCGGCAUGGACGGCUUCGCCAACGGCACGUGGUCAUCGCCCGAGGAUCUGUGCGAUGACGCGGAGCAGAAGGCCAACCUGAGCGCGCUGUGCUCGCUGCUGCGCAACCUGUCUCUCGAGGCGCGACCGCUGCUGCGGCAGCCGCGUGACCUGCUCGUCAUCCUGCUCUACGGCCUCGUCGUCCUCGUGUCCGUGUUUGGCAACGCGCUCGUGUGCCACGUGGUGUUCUACUCGCGCAAGAUGCGCACCAAAACAAAUGUACUCAUCGCCAACCUCGCCGUGUCAGAUCUGCUCAUGACCACGCUGACAAUCCCGCUGAGCGCGUCACGGUUCCUGCUCGACAACUGGCCAUUCGGCGAGGCGCUAUGCUACCUCGCGCCAUUUCUGCAAGUGACAUUCGUGUACGUAUCGACGCUUAGUAUGGCGUGGAUUGCGUGCGACCGCUACAGCGUCAUCGUUUACCCGCUGCGCCUGAGGCGCCUUUGCCCGAGCCACCGGGCCAUCGCGUGCAUCUGGACGCUGGCUGGCGCCCUGUCGUUGCCGCACGCCGUUUUCAACCGGGUCGUGUCACUGUUCACUUACCGGCCGCUGGUGCGCUGCCAGGUGCAGUAUCCGCCACCGCCAGCAGAGUUCCGCAAGUGGCUUACGCUGGCCACCUUCAUCACGCAGUACGUGUUGCCACUCACGCUCACCGCCCUCAUGUACAGCCGCGUGAGCUACGCGCUGUGGUCGCGCAAAGCGCUCGGCGCGACCACGCGCGAGCAGCAGGCCUGGCACACGCGCUCCAAGCGCAAGUCGCUUAAGAUGCUCGUGCUGGUAGUCUUGUGCUUCGCCGUCUGCUGGCUGCCGCUGAACGUGUAUCACCUCGUGGCCCACUUCCGUGCCGAUGACGGGCCCGACCGGCAUAACUCGAGCCUCUUCAUCUUCUUCCACUGGCUGGCCAUGAGCAGCGUCUGCUACAAUCCGUUCAUCUACUGCUGGCUUAACAACAAGUUCCGCCAGGGUGCGCUGGCCUGCCUCACUUGCCUGCUGCACUGCACGCACCGCAGGCGGCUACACCAGUCGCUCAUGAAGCCAGCCUCCCUGGCCAGCCGAGGUCAAUCGGCCAAGCGCAGCUCGACCCUGCGAAGCACAUCCGUGGGCUCCUCCAACAAGACCACUUCGGUUUGACCGAGCGUACUAGCGGGCCCCGUCUCGAAUGCUGUGUUGGGGAGGCAGUAUUGUUGUCAAAAUACGGUAUAUAGCGAGCAGUCAGCGAAAUCAGGUCGCAUCUGAGCAGACGCAGCAAACCGGCAGCGAUUCUUACGUGAUUGAAAAGUGUUCUUAUUGUGCCGGAGAAAAGUAUAUUAAACAUGUACAUGUUUGGAAGCGA